AUGCUUGACUUGAUAUACUGCUCGGAUAACUUUGCCACACCGUUGCUGAGUACUGUUGAGAGUAUUUCAAGGAAGAUAAAUGUUGCUGCUGUUGUUGGGUCUGUUGCAACCAUCCGACAGUUACUUGAAGCACAAAGGCUCUGUUGUAGAAUAUUCUAUUCACUCAAUUUUUUGGAUGUUCCUAAAAAAUUCGAGGAUAAGGCAGAUGAAUGGAUGAAUGAGUUUAAGAGUUAUCUGAGAGAGAGGAGCCCUGGAAAAAUUGAAAGAAGCACAAUCCCAAAUUUUGAAGCUCUUACUCAGUUCGGGACUGCCACAAUCACAGCUAGAAAUAUUGGUGAAGUGGAAGCAUCGUAUAGCUUAACGUUUGAUUGUUCGAUAGGUAUCAGCCAGAUGGAGGAACAAAUUUUCAUUUUGAAGCCAAAACAAUUUUUCAUUUUGAUUUUAUACAGGUGGAGAGUGCAAGAUCUUGACAAGGUUGAAUUCUGA